CAUGCGAGGUUCCGAAAGACAUCACAUAAGCCUGAUGCAUGGGUUGUGAGAUUAGCAAAGGUCUUGUGAUAGCAGAAAAAUCUUAGAGAAGGAAACAGAUGAAAAAAAAAAAACAACAUAGGCGAUUUUAACAUUUCUCUGAGUCAAGCUAGGCUGAUGUUUUCUUCUGACUGAAUAAAUAAUACUCUCUAGUCACGUCAGGCGAACUCAUGUUUGUAGGCAACCUCCUCUUUUGAAAUUGUAUUUUUAAAACAUUAAGAAUUUAUAUUUUAAGCCAUUUGGAUGAUAGAUAUGACAGCCUUCUAGUGGACUGUGGUUUUAUUAUCUUUAAACCAAGAGGGGUCUGGAGAAUCGGCUUGAGAACAUAGUUUUGUCGGAAGAAUGAGGAGGGCGCCUGUUGGGAUGAGCACUGGUGUUGUAAGGAAACCAAUUUGACAAUACAUUUCAUAUUAAAAAAAAGAAUUAGAAUGGGUCGAUACUAAAUAAUAUCUCCACCCAACCACUAACCCCCAGAUUUGCCAAUAGUAGACCUUUUCUAAUAGUCUGCUUAUUCGUUAUCAAGACUUUACAUAGUAAAUUAACCUUAUAGUUACCUGGGGCUACAGAUUUCAGAUCACUCACUCCAAUAAACACACACCAGAUUCUUUGUUCUAGUUUCUUCUGAUGACCUCUGGAGAAGAUGUUGAGCUAAUACCUGUAUUUUCACUGGACAGAGCGAGAUCAUCACCUAUAAUGGCUACCCCAGUGAAGAGUAUGAAGUCACCACUCAAGACGGGUACAUCCUCAGCAUCAAUAGAAUCCCCCACGGGCGAAGAGAUGAUAGAAGCACAGGUAUGAGAUGUGUCUCUCCUGCGAAGGAGGACAGCAAAUGACUAACAUUGAGUGCUGGCUUUCCUUUAAGGGAAUGACUGGCUUGUCAAAACUGGAUGAGUCUUGAAAUAGUCAACAGGGAGCCUCAUUCUUUUUCCCAUUCUCUGAAGCCAGGCAAGAAGCUAAAAAUACAAAGGGCAAGACUGAUCUUGUUGAAGGCGGGUGGCUUGGCUUGCGGGUAGGAGUGUAAAUGCAAAGGCAAAGCGUGCAUUUCGCUGGUUCAUUACUGAUCUCUCAUGCGGAAAAUUGUUACAUCCCAGGAAAGCAGAUUUCCUGGCUGCUGGAAAGAGGUUUGCUGGGCUGUGUGAGGUUGACCGGGUUGCGUGAAGUCUCUCCUGCCCUGCAAAGAUCAACAGGCCUUUCUCUGUAGGCUACAGGGGGGGAAAAUCAAGUUAAAUGAUCGUGACAUAUCUGCAACUUUUUUUCCAGGAAGGAAAACUGGAACAUUCACCUAUGUUUUGAUUUGAGGGACAGAAGUUUUGUGGAAUGAAAGAACAUGGUGUUAGGAAGGUCUGAAUUCUGGAAUAAAGAGCCAGCCGUGCAAAAGCAGAGGAAUUAUUCUUUAAAUAGGGACACAUAACUGCAGAUCUCGGGAUGAGAAAGAGGGAAGACUGAGCAAAGUAUCUGGGGAGGCUCCAGGGCAAAGUGGUUUACUCAGAUUGCUGCACGGGCUCUCCUGCCAGUCACAUUCAGGGGCAACUAACAUCACCCUGUUUAACUUCCUCUGCCUCUAACAAAGACAUGUGUAAUUCUAGGGUUUUGGAAUGAAAACUGGGAGUGGGGCUAGGUAGGGUUACCAGAUAAAAUAGGACACACCCUGUGAAAGGUGAGUUUCAGAUCAAUGACAGAUCGGUUUCUCAUACAAGUUCCACUUUAAGAUGUACUUAUACAAAACGUUUUUUUAUUGUUCAUCUGAAAUUCACAUUAACACGGCAUCCUGGGUCUUCUGUUAAUCUUCCUUUCGUUUCAAUACCAGCCCAAGUUGAGGGGGGGGGGGCAGGGGAUGGCCAGGAAGCAUAAAAGGAGAGGAUUUCUCCAGGAAAGGUUUUACUUAAGGAGGGAGGAUUUGGGGAAGAUUUGGAAUUAAGAACCAUCUAUUAAGUGUAUUAUUCUAAAAGCUUUACAUUAAUUUAUAUCAGAUAAAGCUCUCAGCAUCCGUAUGAGGUCAGUACUAUUCAUGGUUAUCAUUUUACAGAUGAUAAGGCAAAGCAGGUUCUCGAGGUCACACAAAUAGCAAGUGAUGGAAUCAGAAUUCAAAUCCAGCCUGGAUCCAGAGAGCAUGUGCUCUUACCCAUUGAAUGAUGGUGACUUUUUGGAACCUUCCACCCUGAAGACCCUCUCCCUCAGGAAUUCGGUUGUUAUCAGAGGGGUGUUGAGCUGGUUGUAUUGUAUUUUGGUUUUCAAAUGCUCUCCAGUAGGCGGGGGGGGGGGGGGCGUUUGGCUAGAAGCUUGGCAAGGAGCCAGAUGCUGUCCAUUUACCGUCACAUCCCCCUCCUCCCUGGAAGAGGCACAGAACACCAUCAAGCAUAAUCAUUUUCACGUCUCCGCCAGCCAGACCCAGGAGAUACACAAAAGUCCCCGGCCAGUUGUGUACUUGCAACACGCUUUGUUUGCAGACAAUGCCUCUUGGCUUGAGAAUUAUGCCAAUGGCAGCCUUGGAUUCCUCCUAGCAGAUGCAGGUUACGAUGUCUGGAUGGGAAACAGUCGGGGAAACACUUGGUCAAGAAGACACAAGACGCUCUCAGUGACUGAAGAAAAAUUCUGGGCCUUUAGUUUUGAUGAAAUGGCCAAAUACGAUCUUCCAGGAAUAAUAGACUUCAUUGUAAAUAAAACUGGUCAGGAGAAGCUGUAUUUCAUUGGACACUCCCUUGGCACGACAAUAGGGUUUGUAGCCUUUUGCACCAUGCCUGAACUGGCACAAAGAAUCAAAAUGAAUUUUGCCUUGGGUCCUGUGGUCUCAUUCAAAUAUCCCACGGGCAUUUUUACCAGUUUUUUUCUACUUCCAAAUUCCAUAAUCAAGCGUUUUUUUGGUACCAAAGGUUUCUUUUUAGAAGAUAAGAUGGGCAAGGCACCGUCUACCAAAAUCUGCAACAAUAAGAUAUUAUGGGUGAUAUGUAGUGAAAUUAUGUCCUUAUGGGCUGGAGCCAACAAGAAAAAUAUGAACGUGAGUCGAAUGGACGUGUAUAUGUCACACGCUCCCACUGGAUCAUCAAUACAGAACAUCCUGCAUAUAAAACAGCUUUACCGAUCAGAUGAAUUCAGGGCGUAUGACUGGGGAAGCGAAGCUGAGAACAUGCAUCAUUACAAUCAGAGCCGCCCCCCACUCUAUGACUUGACCACCAUGAGAGUGCCUACCGCUAUGUGGGUUGGGGGCAAUGACGUCCUUGUAACGCCCCAGGAUGUGGCCAGGAUACUCCCCCAGAUCAGGAAUCUCCGUUACUUCGACCUGUUGCCUGAUUGGAACCACUUUGAUUUCAUCUGGGGCCUCGACGCUCCUCAGCGUGUGUAUAGGAAAAUCAUAGACUUGAUGAAGUCAUACUCCUGACGCAUGCAUUUCUGGGCUCAAAGUUGCGUGCAAGCCCAUGAGAGGCUCUGGAAAAGAGACUAAUCAUCAGGAAAGUCUUCUCCAGGCUCGUUCGCCUCAUUGCUGUUGCCGAGAUGCUCCCCUUAGCUGACAUCCAAGCAAGAAUUAUUUCAACCGUCCUGUUCUUUCUCUAAGAAAUGCGCACACCCUCCAAAUCCCUUCCCCUCCGUCAAGGGUAGGCCCAAUUUUCCAUCUCUGCUAACUGUACACUUGGGAGAGUGGUUCAAAGAGGACUUUUUCUUUCCUAGUUAAAGUAAAAUUUCCCGGAAGGAAAAGCUCUGUAAAGGCAGCCACUUGGGAAUGUACUUGGGGUGACAUAGGGCCAUACGUUAGGGCCAUAGUCAUUAUGGCCAUCUGUAAACAAGCCACGAGAUAAGGCCCAGCCCACAUCAAGCACGAAAGGAAAUAGCGGACUAGGAAAACUAACAAAAUUUAAGUAUUCCGGGAGCGCAUUUUACCGUUCCAAGCAAAGAAUGAAAAGAGAGGGAGACAAAACUGGGAAUGAGCAGGUAAAAUAAGCUGAAUUACUGAUUACUCUUAAGUUAGAACAUAUGAGAAAUAAUUCUCUCUUCUUUUGCUCUAAAGAGAAGCUAAACCAAUCACUACUGGUGACUUCGUUGUCGAUGUGGACUUUACACUAUUGCCUGCUAACAAGAGACAUUUAAAGCAUCUUCCGGAAAACCUAUUUGAGAAGCCCCAAGGGAGGCACAGGAAUAUUCUAAGUCUUGCUCUCCUUCGUUCUCUAAAUGAUGCCAGACAUUGAUUCUAGGAUUAAGUACAGAGUUCCAACAGUAGCGUGAAGUUCAGUUGCAAAAGUUCUGGACCUUCUAUGAUAAUGUCGUUAACGUAAAACUGUUUACGAUCCUCAAGGAAUCAUAAAUAAAUGAUACACAUGCAUACCUCCCACAGUUUAUUUAAACUUAAAACGGGUAAAUGUAGAUUAGGUCACUGAUAUUUGCAUGUAGGAUCAGGGUUUUGGGGAUGUCAAAUGCCACAUCAUCAUUCUUCAAUAAAUAAUCCAUAAUUCAUGAUUUUUAACCUCAGUUUUAGUGUCUUUAAAAGGAAUGACAAUUUUAAAACACUUGGGAAGCAACUUUAUUUUAUUUUAUUUUAUUUUAGAGUUUUUUAAUGUUUAUUUUUGAGAGAGAGA